CGGCCCGGGCCGGCCGGAGCAGCCAUGGGCGCUGGGGUACCCGGCGCCCCGAGAGCCGAGGCCCCCGGCGGGAGUGGGGGGCGCCCGCAGCGCCAGCCCUGCUGACACCGCCUCGGACGAUGUGAGCGGGCGCCGCCGCUGCUUCGCGGGCUGGGCGCGCGGUCCCGCCGGCCCCGGCUGCCGCUUUCCCCGUUUGGGUGGGGGCGACCGCACCAGGCCGCUCGGGCUAACGAAGGCGGGGGUUGGGGAGGGGGGAUCUGGCUGUGCCUUUGGCAGCUUGAUUGGGGGAGGCGACCCAUACGGGGUGCCCGGGGAUUUCAUCUCUAAAGCGGGGUUAACUGUGUUGGGGGCAGCUUGGUUUCUGGGGGACCCUCAAAAAGGCCUUUCAAGGCUGCUUUCUUGGAGGGGGGGAGGGGACGGUGGUCCCGACUUGGCCAGCCGCCUGCUGGAGGGGGGCCGCGGGGAGCGGGGGGAUGCGAACCCGGCUACCCCCAUCAUGAUGAAGACGGAGCCGCGGGGGCCCGGGGGUCCCCUCCGGAGCGCCUCCCCGCACCGCAGCGCCUAUGAGGCGGGCAUCCAGGCGCUGAAGCCGCCCGACGCAUCCGGGCCCGACGAGGCACCCAAGGCGGCCCACCACAAGAAAUAUGGCUCCAACGUCCACCGCAUCAAAAGUAUGUUCCUGCAGAUGGGCACCACGGCGGGGCCGCCGGGCGAGGCGGGCGGCGGCGCGGGCAUGGCCGAGGCCCCCCGGGCAUCGGAGCGCGGCGGCGUGCGCCUGUCGCUGCCGCGGGCCAGCAGCCUGAACGAGAACGUGGACCACAGCGCCCUGCUCAAGCUGGGCACCAGCGUGUCGGAGCGCGUGAGCCGCUUCGACUCCAAGCCCGCGCCCUCGGCGCAGCCCGCGCCGCCGCCGCACCCGCCGUCCCGGCUGCAGGAGACGCGGAAGCUGUUCGAACGGAGCAGCCCCGCGGCCGCCGCCGGCGACAAGGAGGCCGCGGCGCGACGGCUGCUCCGGCAGGAGCGCGCCGGCCUGCAGGACCGGAAGCUGGACGUCGUGGUGCGCUUCAACGGCAGCACCGAGGCGCUGGACAAGCUGGACGCCGACGCCGUGUCGCCCACGGUCAGCCAGCUCAGCGCCGUCUUCGAGAAGGCCGACUCGAGGACCGGCCUCCACCGAGGGCCCGGGCCUCCCCGGGCUGCGGCCGCAGGGGCUGCCCAGGUCAACUCGAAGCUGGUCAGUAAGCGAUCCCGGGUGUUCCAGCCGCCCCCGCCCCCGCCCGCCCCGUCGGGAGAUGCCCCGACCGACAAGGAGCGGAGUGGCCCCGGAGGGCAGCAGCCCCCCCAGCACCGAGUGGCCCCCGCCCGGCCGCCCCCCAAGCCGCGGGAGGUGCGGAAGAUCAAGCCGGUGGAGGUCGAGGAGAGCGGGGAUUCAGAGGCCGAGUCUGCCCCCGGGGAAGUGAUCCAGGCCGAGGUGACGGUCCACGCGGCCCUGGAGAAUGGCAGCACCUCGGCAACCACAGCCAGCCCCGCGCCCGAGGAGCCCAAGGCCCAAGCGGCCCCCGAGGAGGAGGUGGCGACGGUGGCAGAGCCAGAGAGGGGGGUGGGAAACGGCCGGGCCCCGGACGUGGCCCCGGAGGAGGCCGACGAGUCCAAGAAGGAGGACUUCUCGGAGGCGGACUUGGUGGACGUGAGCGCCUACAGUGGGCUUGGGGAGGACUCUGGGGGCAGUGCCCUGGAGGAGGACGAUGAGGAAGAUGAAGAGGACGGAGAGCCCCCCUAUGAGCCCGAGUCUGGGUGCGUGGAGAUCCCGGGGCUCUCGGAGGAAGAGGAUCCGGCCCCGAGCCGGAAGAUCCAUUUCAGCACGGCGCCCAUCCAAGUGUUCAGCACCUACUCCAAUGAGGACUAUGACCGCCGCAAUGAGGAUGUGGACCCUAUGGCUGCCUCUGCAGAGUAUGAGCUGGAGAAGCGGGUGGAACGGCUGGAGCUGUUUCCUGUGGAGCUGGAGAAGGACUCCGAGGGCCUGGGCAUCAGCAUCAUUGGCAUGGGGGCCGGGGCCGACAUGGGCCUGGAGAAGCUGGGCAUCUUCGUCAAGACCGUGACUGAGGGUGGCGCUGCCCAUCGGGAUGGCAGGAUCCAGGUGAAUGAUCUCCUGGUGGAGGUGGAUGGAACGAGUCUGGUGGGAGUGACCCAGAGUUUUGCAGCCUCCGUGCUCAGGAACACCAAGGGCCGCGUGCGGUUCAUGAUUGGCCGGGAACGGCCUGGAGAGCAGAGUGAAGUGGCUCAGUUAAUUCAGCAGACUUUGGAGCAAGAGCGAUGGCAGCGGGAGAUGAUGGAGCAAAGAUAUGCCCAGUAUGGGGAGGAUGAUGAUGAGACAGGGGAGUAUGCCACUGACGAGGAAGAGGAGCUGAGCCCCACAUUCCCAGGUGGUGAAAUGGCCAUCGAGGUGUUCGAGCUGGCAGAGAACGAGGAUGCGCUGUCUCCUGUGGACAUGGAGCCCGAGAAGCUGGUGCACAAGUUCAAGGAGCUCCAGAUCAAGCACGCAGUGACUGAAGCAGAGAUCCAGCAGCUGAAACGAAAGCUGCAGAGCCUGGAGCAGGAGAAGGGGCGCUGGCGAGUGGAGAAGGCCCAGUUGGAGCAGAGUGUGGAAGAGAACAAGGAGCGCAUGGAGAAACUAGAGGGCUACUGGGGUGAGGCGCAGAGCCUGUGCCAGGCGGUGGAUGAGCACCUUCGGGAGACCCAGGCCCAAUACCAGGCCCUGGAGCGCAAGUACAGCAAGGCCAAGCGCCUCAUCAAGGACUACCAGCAGAAGGAGAUUGAGUUUCUGAAAAAGGAGACUGCCCAGCGUCGGGUUCUGGAGGAGUCGGAGCUGGCCAGGAAGGAGGAAAUGGACAAGCUCCUGGACAAGAUCUCAGAACUGGAAGGAAACCUACAAACACUGAGGAAUUCCAAUUCUACUUAACAGGAAUCAUUCCUUGACAGGACAAUAAUAAUUCCCACUAUCCUUGUUCCCAGUCCUCAGUACCCCACCCCACCCCUUACCAGCCUGGGGACAGGUGCCCCGACUCCCCAACUCCUCCACCCCACCUCCCCCAGCUUCAGGGACCAGAGGGCCCAUAUCACAGGCCCCUUUAUGGUGGCCCGGGUAGUCAGUGGUGGCUGGAAGGGUGGCCUCGUUGCCCCAUGGGGCUGAGGCAUAGAGGCUGAAGGAAGCCGAGGGCUGGCCUGGGUGGUGAAUGGACACAAGGACCUGCAGACCAAACUGCCAGACUUUAUAACCUCCAGCCUUUGUCUCUGGACUGGAGUGGGGCUGGGGUUCUCCCAGCAUCUCACCAACUGGAGGCUGCUCCCUGCCCAUGGGGCUCUGGGUAGCCCUUGGGCCUCUUGACUUGAGGUUCUACCUUCUUGGCCCUUCCCUCUUCCCUAUCAUUGUGCUGUCUGUUGCAUUCUAACCUUCCUGCUUGGGGGGAGGCGGGGUGCUCAACACCUCCCAGACCUGUUCCCCAUCCUGGGAGGGAUAGAGCCCCCAAGGAGGCUGGGCCUGACCCUGCACUGAUUUCUCAUGCAUCCUUCAGGAAAAGGGGACUGAGAGUAGAAAAAGGAAGAGUCCAGGAUACCUGGUCCCCAGCCCCGCUCUUCUGAAAAGGGCAGCAGCCCUCAACUUCUCGUGCCUCCCUUCUCCCAGGUGCCAAAUAGCCAUAACCUCCUCCUGGAACUAUUCUGCAGCCUCUCUGGGCCCUGGUUUCUUGGCCAAGCCUGGGAAGGCCAGUGGAGAGGGAGGUCAGCUUAGUGGGCCUGGCUGCAGAGCAAGGGCAAAGGUUCUCGCUGGGGAGCCCCGCCCUGCCCAGGGCCACCCCUGGAAGCCUUGUACUCACUUGGCAGAGACUCAGCCUCCUCUCCCCACGCUGCACUCUUCCCAUGUUUUGACUGGAGGGCAAAACUUUACUACUCAACUUUUUGGAGACCAGGGCUGUCCUACUGGCAGUCUGCUUUCUAAGUGAAAUUGACUCUGUCUCCCCACUUUAACCCCAAAUUGGGGCUUGGACCAAGGGAGGUGAGACCUCCCCCCCACCUUUCAAAAUCCAUCACAUUUGCCACUUCCUCAUGCCCCUGCCCCAAGCCAGGGCUUUUGUUCUUUUUUU